CUUAUUUUAUGCACAAUGUCCUUUCGCAAAAGGAACAUAGGGCUGUCGGCCGGUGCCGAUCGAGCUCCAGCUCCUAAUGCUGCUACAGCCCAGCCGGAACAAGCUUCGACGACGCCAGAAUCGAACCCAGGAAUCCGACCCUCGCCCGAUGAUGGACGGCCGACUACUUCGACGGGGUCGCUCUCGUUGGACAAUCUACUAGCGGGACAUGGGGGUCUUCCAAUCGGGAAGAUGCUUCUGAUUGAGGAGAAUGGAACUACGGAUUUUGCGGGCGCGUUACUUCGGUACUAUGCUGCUGAAGGUGUGGUGCAGGAUCAGAAAAUCCAUGUCAUUGGCAUGCCCGAACAAUGGGGGAGAAGUCUUCCGGGCUUGUUAGGGCCGGCUGAUGCGGGGGAUGACAAAAAGUCCGAUAGGCGCAAAGGAGAUCGCAUGAAGAUUGCCUGGCGAUAUGAGCGCCUGGGCGAGUUUGGUGCUGGUGUCGCAGGAUCCCGAGGUUGGUCUUCCCCGAUGAAACGGAACGCGCACGUUCGAGGAACCCAAACACUGACAAGAGUAGCUCCAGCGGCAACCUCAGGAGAUCAAACGAUGACGGACGGGGUCCAGCCGGCAUUUUGCCAUUCCUUCGACCUUACAAAGCGCCUCACGCAUCCCUCGAUCGCAAACAUCAAUUAUAUCCCCCUCGUUCCAUCCAACGAACCGCUCUUCGCCUCCAUACACAAAAAGCUGCAGCAAGCCAUCUCCCAAAGCCCCCCCAAUAUAGCGCACCGCGUUAUCAUUCCUUCUCUUCUGAAUCCCACGUUAUACCCCCCGGAAACCAGCCAGCCCGAUAUCCUCCUCCCGUUUCUCCAUUCCUUGAAAGCCCUCUUGAGUGCGCCUACCACCCGAAUCACAGCAAUGGUCACGAUCCCGUUGUCUCUCUUUAGCCGAUCAUCCGGACUCGUGCGGUGGAUGGAGAUAAUAAGUGAUGGGGUCAUUGAGCUCUGUCCGUUCCCCCAUUCCGCCGACGCUCUUGGGGCAUCCGGUGCUGCGACGUCCCACGAAGAGCCUCCACAGGGGAUGUUGAAAACCCAUCGACUACCAGUAUUGCACGAACGAGGCGGUGGCAGCGACCAGAACAUCGGACAAGACUGGGCCUUCACUCUCAGUCGGAGGAAAUUCGAGAUCAAGCCGUUCAGUUUACCACCCGCGGAAGGAGAUAAAGAAGCUCAGGACGGGGCCGCUUCCGGCGGGAUGCCUAAAAAGGCCGAUCUGGAGUUCUGAUCGAACGAUGUAUCAUCACAGAGAGUAAUAGGCGGAAACACACGCUGGUGGAUCAUUCCUCGGGAUCCGAUUCUGCCAGCAU